AUGGCUUUGUGCGUGACCGACGCGACACGAGCACUGGCUUGCCGAGACGGCAAAGCCGCGGCGAACCUGAAACUCGUGUCGAUGUUCGUUAUCUUCUUCACGAGUGUCAUCGGAAUAUCGUCGCCAGUGAUGCUCGCGCGUUUAUUUCAAGGAAAACCCGUCUACGAUAAAGCAAUUCUAAUAAUCAAGUGCUUCGCUGCCGGCGUAAUUCUAUCCACCUCACUCGUCCACGUACUUCCCGACGCAUUCGACUCCCUCUCCGACUGUCAGGUGGCGUCGCACCACCCAUGGAAAGACUUUCCGUUUUCAGGGCUUGUAACCCUAAUCGGUGUUUUGACGGCGUUGCUCGUUGAUUUGACGGCAACUUCACAUGUGGACAGUCACAGUCACAGCCAUAGCCAUGGCAACAAGGGGAGUAGUGAAUAUACGCCGAUUGGGACACAUGAGGGAUUGGGGACGGCGUGUAAGAAAUCGGCGGAGACAGAAGUGGAAUUGGGGGUCGACGACCGGCAAUCGGAAGAACUGGUGAAGUUAAAGCAGAGGCUGGUGUCGCAGGUGUUGGAGAUAGGGAUUAUAUUUCACUCGGUGAUCAUAGGGGUGACGAUGGGGAUGUCUCAGAAUCAGUGUACGAUCAGGCCGCUAGUUGCUGCUCUGGCGUUCCAUCAGAUCUUCGAAGGGAUGGGUCUCGGAGGUUGCAUUGCUCAGGCGAGUUUCAGCUUUGGAACAACGGCCUACAUGUGCUUUAUGUUUUCAGUGACAACUCCAAUGGGGAUAGUGUUGGGAAUGAUUGUGUUCUCGGUGACUGGCUACAAUGACAGCAGCCCUAAUGCCUUGAUUCUGGAAGGGUUGUUGGGGUCCCUAUCGUCUGGUAUUCUCAUCUAUAUGGGUCUGGUAGAUCUCAUAGCUCUUGAUUUCUUUCAUAACAAGUUGAUGGGUUCCCAACCAUGGUUGAAAAAGGCAUCUUUUAUUGCCCUUGUCCUUGGCUCUACGUCAAUGUCUAUCCUUGCCCUUUGGGCGUGA